AUGUUGAAAUCGGCUCUCGUCACGGCCCUCUUGGCCAGUACAUCGGUGCUCGCCGAAGGCACCGGCACUCAGUGCUCUCUCGAUAAGAAGUGCCCCGAAGACAAGCCCUGCUGCUCUCAGUUUGGCGAAUGCGGUGUUGGCGCCUACUGCCUUGGUGGCUGCGACCCUCGCAUGUCCUUUUCUCUUGAGGCCUGUGUUCCCGCUCCCGUCUGCCAGGACAAGAAGAUGGACUUCAAGAACAUUAAGAAGACGGUUGCCCCCAACAACAUCUACCUCGGUGACCCUUCCAAGGCUGACUGGGUCUCAUCCGGUGAACCUGCUCAGUAUGGUGACUACGGUCUUCUUACCAUGGGCGAGAACAGUUUCGGUACCGUUCUUUCUUCCACCCGCUACAUGUGGUACGGCAACGUCAAGGCCCGCAUGAAGACCUCUCGAGGCCGCGGUGUCGUUACUGCCUUUAUUCUCUUCUCUGAUGUCAAGGAUGAAAUCGAUUACGAGUGGGUUGGUGUCGACUUGAAGACAACCCAAACCAACUACUACUUCCAAGGUAUCCCCGAUUACCACCACUCUGGCAACCUCACCAUGACCGACAGCUACGAAAACUUCCACGACUACGAGAUCCGCUGGACCCCCGACCAAAUCAUGUGGCUCAUCGAUGGCGACGAGAAGAACGCGCGUGUGUUCAAGAAGUCGGACACCUGGAACAAGACGACCAACUCGUGGGAUUUCCCCCAGACUCCCUCCCGCAUCCAGCUCUCCUUGUGGCCUGCCGGUUCGCCCAAGAACCCUCCCGGCACCGUCAACUGGGCUGGUGGUUACAUUGACUGGAACAGCCCUGCCAAAGAGGGACCUUACUACUUUGCCACUAUUGACUCCGUCGAGGUCGAAUGCUGGAAGGCCAAGAGCGGACAGCCCGGCAGCAACAGCGGCAAGAGCUACAGCUACAACUCGCUGGCUGCCUACAACAACACCGUUGUUGACAGUGACAAGGACACCGUUCUGGGCUCUCUCUACGCUACUGGUCUCGACAUGAAGAAGGGCAAGACUGACACGUCCGACAGCGCCAACACCAUCCCCGGUGGUGGCUCUCCUGGCCAGGACCACUCUGGCGAUGCUCCCAAGUCUGGCAACUCUGGUACCAACGGAGAUCCUGAUUCUUGCCCUCCCGGCACAUGGACGCAGCAGUGCGGCAAGAGUACGGGUUCCAAGACCAGCGCCAGCGCCCUUGCCAUCAUCAUUGCCGCCAGCGCACUCUUUUGGCUGUAA